CUUCACCGCCCACCCAACCUCCAAUGUCUUUGGAGUGACCACAAAUACAAAAAAGCUUUUGGCAGUCACUGGGUCUUGUCAGUAGAGAAGCAUCAAGCACAGACUUGCACACUGAAGGACGGAUCUAUUACUUUCAGAAAAUUAGGAGAAGGCACAGUGUGAGCAGACUGCUGCCUGAAAGGGAACUGAGCUGAGAGCACUGAAGACUGUGAGCAGAACCUUCUGAAUCAGUACAGCUCGAAAAGAAAGGCAAGAUGUGGAAGAGGUCAAAGGUGACCGAUCAAACUGCCAUCGGGCAGGCGGUCGACGGUUCAGAGGAAUUUCAACAAGACGACAAAGGCAUUAAGAAGAAGUCGAAGGUGCCCGGUGUCAUGAUUACACAGUUUCAGGAGGAACUUCCAGAGGGAAUGACAACUCCUGAUUUCACUCGCAAACCCAUUGCUUUGACUAUUCAAGAGGGUAAGGUUGCGGUCUUUAAAGCCAUAGUAGUGGGAACCCCAACACCUACUGUAACAUGGAGCAGAACCAACCAGGAAAUCGUUUUCCACACUGACUUGUGUGUGACAAAGUACGAUGAAGCAUCUCGAGAGCACACACUCGAGUUUCCUAAGGUCGCUUCAGAGGAUGCGGACACCUACAAGUGUUUUGCAAGCAACGAACAUGGAAGGGCUAUCUGCACUGUUCUCCUGAAUGUCAUUUCUGUUGGAUUCUCUAAGACCAAGGAACUCCAAAAGAAAGAAAGUGAAGAUGCAAUCGACUUCAGGAAAAUGCUUAAAAAACGUAAUGAUGAUGGGACACGUGCACAAAAGCCGAUGGAGCCAGAGGAGAAGGUCUGGGAAAUUCUCCUUAGUGCAGACAAGAAAGACUACGAGCGCAUCUGCCACGAGUACGGAAUCACAGACUUCCGCCGCAUGUUGAAGAAACUCACUGAGAUGAAGAAGGAGAGAGAGGAGGAGAUUGCAGAGUUUGUUUCUCACAUCAGUACCCUGAAACCUAUUGAAGUAAAAGAUGACGACUGUGCAACAAUUGAGUUGGACAUGGACCUCAAGGAUCCUUCUAGCAAAAUCUUCCUGUACAAGGAUGGCGUAAUGAUUCCAUUCACCAAAGAAGACAGUGAUGCCCUGAAGCAUAAUUUGAAACAAGUUGGCAAGAAAUAUGUAUUCACAAUUAGGAAUCUAGGUUCAGGAGAUGCUGGACUCUACUCAGUGGAUGUUGGGGGUUGCAAUGUAUUCUCAACUGAAUUUAAAGUGCCUGAAGUCGACUUUGCAGUCAAAAUCAAAGAGGUUAAGGCAGAAGAGCGAGAAGACGCCAUCUUUCAAUGUGUCCUCACUGCACCUUUGAAUGAGAUCAAAUGGUAUGGCAGAAGCACUCCUUUGACAAAUAGUGAGAAAUUUGAAAUCACUGUAUCCGAAGAUAAGCUCAUCCACAAGUUGAUCGUGCGAGACUGUUUGCAGUUGGACGGCGGCAUCUAUGCUGCUGUGGCAGGAAUCAAAUCCUGCAAUGCCUUUCUUGUAAUCGAAGCGGACAAGGAUCCCACAAACAAGGGCAAGAAAGGAUCUCGCAAAACUACUAUGGCUGGAGCCGGUAAUGAUGAAGAUCUGGUAAAAAUAGCUAAGGAACAGCAGGAAAAAUAUCAGAAAGAAAUGGAAGAAAAAAUGGAAUUGGCCAAGAAGGCUCAAGCUGAGAGAGAAGUAGCAGAUGCAGCCGCCCAAGUCGAAGCUGAAGAAGCUAAAAAGGCAGCGGCUGAAAGAAAAGCUGCAGCUAGGGCCGCAGCCAAGGCAAAAAAGGCUAAGGAAAUGGCUUCAAGGAGAGCUGGUGGUGCGGGGGUUGGUGGAGGCGCCGGUGGUGCGGGAGGCGCAGGAGGUGCAGGAGGUGUCGGGGCUGCUGGUGCUGGUGGUGCUGGUGGUCCUGGUGGUGCUGGUGGUGCUGCUGGUGCUGCUGGUGCUGGUGGUGCUGCUGGUGCUGCUGGUGCUGCUGGUGCUGCUGGUGCUGCUGGAGCAGGUGGUGGCGGCGAAGGAGAAGAUGGAACUGGAGCCACAGGUGGAGCUAAAGGAAGAGGUAGCGGUGGCGCUAAAGGCGGAGCUGGAGGUGAUGGUGCUGGAGAAGAUUUUGAAGAUGAAUACUAUUCAUCUGAAUAUUCUGAUGAAGAACUGGAGGAAGGCGGAGAAGGAGCGGAGGGAGGAGCAGGAGGAGGAGCGGGAGGAGGAGUGGGAGGUAAAGCGAGACCUGGAGCAGGAGGUGGAGAAGGGGGAGAGGGAGGAGAAGGAGGAGAAGGAGGAGAAGGCGGAGAAGGCGGAGAAGGAGGAAAACGAGGUGGAAAAGGAAGACGCAAGAAACGCGUGAGAGAGGGUCAACUCGUUCCAGACACAGUGACAGGAGAUAGUAAUGAUGAGGAAACAACAGAUCAACCAGGGGAAAAAUCUGGGAAAAAGGGAAAACGUCCCAGAAAGACAAAUGUGGAUGUUGAAGCUCAAGCGGUCGUUGACAUAAACACAGAAGCCACUGGCGCCAGAGGUGAUAAUGGCACCAGGCCAAUGCAAGGCAUUGAUGCAUCUGCUGAAAAUGGUGAGGGUGCAGACGGCGAUGACCUUCCAGCAGCUGGCAGGCGUUCAGGCCGUAUGCGGCAAGGCCCAUUGAUCGUGGAGACAGUUAGUGACCCAGGAGUUCACUUUCAUGCGGGCCUUUCCGACUGCAAAGCCAUUGUUGGAGAAGCAGCAGAGCUGGAGUGUAAAGUGAGCAGCGAAGACUGUGUGGGAAUCUGGUACAAAGAUGGAGAUGAGAUUCAAUCGUCUGAGGGUAUAACCAUUACAAAAGAGGGAACUUUCCACAGACUGAAAAUCCACAAAGUCACAGAGGAAUUCGCUGGGAAAUAUAAAUUUGAAGCAGACGGGCGGAAGACAGAGUCUUUGAUUGUUGUUGAAGAUCCACCCAGAUUCCCUGCCGAGGAUCUGGAAGCAUUCAAAACCCCUGUUACUGUGAAAAAAGGACACAAAGCAACCUUCAAAUUACCUUAUGUUGGAGGGGAACCCAUAAAAAUUCAGUGGUACCUUGAUGGUGAAGAGCUUGCAGAGGAAGGAAAUAUUAAGAUAGAUCACUCGGAGGGUUGCAGUCGUCUGUUUCUAAACAAGUUGCAGCGCAAGGAUAGUGGCGAAGUCAAGAUAAAACUGAAAAAUGAGUUUGGCACUGUUGAGGCCUUUAGCCAGCUUAUUGUCCUGGAUAAACCCACUCCUCCAAUGGGACCUCUGGAAAUUGUUGAAGCCUCCGCCUCUGUAAUUGACUUCAAGUGGAGGCCCCCAAAAGACAGUGGUGGCUGUAAAAUAAACAACUAUUUCCUUGAACGACAACAAAUUGGCCGCAACACUUGGAAGAAGGUGGGUCCAAUUGGUCCAGAGGGCGCAUACAGGGACAGUGAUGUAGACCAUGGCAGGAAGUACUGCUAUCGCAUUAGAGUGGAGACGGAAAUGGGCACCAGUGAGCUAAUGGAAACUGAGGAUAUUCAAGCCGGAACAAAAGCAUACCCUGGUCCUCCAUCUGCACCAAAGGUUGUAUCUGCCUUCAAGGACUGCAUCAAUCUCUCUUGGGUUCCUCCAUCUAACACUGGAGGAACCAGUAUUCACGGGUACAGCCUUGAGAAACGCAAAAAGGGCAGCAACCUGUGGAGCCCAGUCGUCCCAGCUGAAGGGUUUAUCAAAGGUAAGGGAUAUGGAGUUAAAGACGUGGUCGAGGGAAUUGAGUAUGAAUUCCGCGCGGCAGCAAUCAACGACUCUGGAGCGGGUGAAUUCAGUGUACCAUCUGAGUUUGUGUUUGCCAGAGAUCCUAAAAAGCCUCCUGGUACAGCCAUAGACUUUAAAGUGACAGAUUCCACCUACACAACCCUGUCCCUGUCUUGGACCAAACCCAAGGACAUUGAGGGGGUUGAAGAUGAAGCCAAGGGAUAUUUUGUGGAGAUCCGGCCAGCAGAAUGCACAGAAUGGGAUCGCUGCAAUGCAAAUGCAUUAACCAUGACCUCCUAUACAGUGAAAGGUUUGAAGUCGAUGGCCAUGUACUGGGUGAGAGUCAUUGCAACUAAUGAUGGAGGAGAGGGAAAGCCACAGGAGCUGGAUAAUUACAUCCUCGCUAUGCCCCCUCCUGUGAGACCACGAUUUACGGAUGCCAAAAUCAAGAGUUUCAUGGUGGUGCGAGCAGGAAAUUCUGCAAGAAUCAACAUUAACUUUGAGGCCUCUCCUUGGCCUGAGGUCAUCUGGCUGAAAGAUGGAGCACCAGUGUGUAAAAAGGUGACCAUCAGCAAUGCAGAGAUAACAUCCCAGCUUCUGAUACCUUCUGCUGAGCGCUCAGAUACUGGAAUCUAUACUAUCAUUAUCAAGAACAUUGUCGGACAAGAAUCAUACAGCAUUGAAAUUAGAGUUACAGAUGAACCUAAGCCACGUCCCGUGGAGACUGACGAGAACGUGCCUGGCACAGUGACCGUUUCAUGGACUGCGUCUCCAGAUGAGAAACGUGAUGACCGGCUACAUUAUAUGGUGAUGAAGCGUGAUUCAAGCAAAAGAACAUGGAAUACCGUUGCAGAUCGCAUCUUCAACAAUAAAUUCACAGUCUGCAACAUCAUGCCGGGCCGAGAAUACCAGUUCAGAGUCUAUGCAAAGAAUGACAUGGGCGCCUCCAAACACUCUGAAUCACAGAAGUGGCUGAUUUCUGCCAAAAAAGAAAAGUUUGUUGUGAACAUGCCAGAAACCAAGACAUGUGACCUACAGUGUGCGCCCAAGUUCCUUGUGCCACUGAAAAUGCACAGUGCUCCUCAAGGCUAUGAAUGCUACAUGAGCUGUGCUAUAAAAGGGGAUCCUACACCUCAUGUGACAUGGCUCCGCAACAAUAUCAGUCUGAAUACCAACACUAACUACUUCAUCUCCAACACCUGCGGAGUCUGUUCACUGCUCAUAUUGAUGGUUGGACCCAAAGAUACCGGAGAGUACAAGAUCGUGGCAGAAAAUUCUUUGGGGAGCGCAGAGUGCUCCACUAAACUCACCGUCAGAGAAUAAAUGAACACAGAAGAUGGUAGAAUUGCUUUUAAACGCAUACAACAAGAUGUUAUUUAUAAUCGGCAUACUACAUAUUUAGAUUAAGGCAACUCUUUUACAUGUAGAGUGAAUGGUAAUGUAAUAUUGCUUGUGUUAUGAUUAUGUGAUUAUAUCAUAUAAUUAUUAUAUAAUUAUAUCAACUAUUUGAAAAAUGUGUAUACGAUCUGGCACAGGAUUAAAGAUAAACUUACAUAAGGUGUUUUGCUAAAAUAGAGGCCAGAAAUGAGUUUUGUUUGUUUUGAUUUCAACUGUGCUAUCUCAAUAAAGUGGGUGCUUGAAA